AUGUCCACUACUGCAUCUGCUUCCUCGACUGAGAUUGAAUUAUCGCCGGGUGAGGUGAACGGACAGCAGCAGUGUCAUCUCCCCGCAACACCCGAAAUGGUGUACGAGUCUGAAGAAGCUGCCGAAGCCGCGAUUCAUGCUUGA